AUGCAGUUCCCCGAUCACUCCAUCCAGCGACCUAGGAGGAAGCUCGUAAACACGAGGAGCUUCAGGGACACCACCGUGGAAACUACAAAAGCCGGGUAUCGGGGGCGCACAACACCGGAGAGGGCCACUCGCAGGGUCCCAAAGACGAUUGUGGCCAACGCCCCAGUCGUAGGCGCGAGCCACGUCGGCAACCAUGUCGAGUUCAACACCUGGGUCGAUAAGCUCAUGAAAAUCAUCCAGUCCAUGCCCGAGACCGGGACCCUCGUCGAGUCACUAAAGGCGGUUGCCGUUUCGCCUACUAAUGAGCAGAAGCCUGCCAGCGAGAAGCUAACUGUGCGGAGAUUUGCCUGCCACUUCCGCGGGUGCCUGAAGAAGUUCGCACAGAAGGCACAGCUUGACACCCAUGUCCGAUCCCACACGGGCGAAAGACCAUAUGUCUGCGAGUUCCCCAACUGCGACAAACGCUUUAGCCAACUCACGAGCGCAAGCACACUGGAGAAAGGCCCUGUCUGCGAUAUUUGCGGCAGGCGCUUCGACCAGGGCGGUAACCGGCAGGCAUACAAAAAGGUUCACCAAAAGACAAAAGAUUUCAUUUGCAAACUGGAGGGCUGCGGCAAGAAGUUCACCCAACGUGGGAACCUCAAGAGCCACCAAAACAAAUCACACCAACAGUUCAUGGACCAAACUAUGGCGAAACUGGAGAAGAUCUCGCUGGAGAACAUGUCGCCGAAGGACAAAGAGCUCGUGAUAUAUCUGGCCCUUCUCUACAAGAACUCGAAUAAGGGGAUUAAGGGCCGAGGCAUCCAACCUCCGGGCUAUCGCCUGGGCCGCUCCGACCGCUCAUCCUCGAUGUUAUCGUCGGUGCACUCCUACUCCCCAACCAAAUCCGAAGCGAGCUUGACAUUGAGCCCUUGCACUGCCGGCCCGCCCCUACAGCACCACUACGGUGGCCAUGCCCAGCAGCACCAUCACCACCAACAGCAGCAGCACCAGCCGCGCCACCCGGACCAUCAAGAUAUUUCCUCUUACCACCCAUCGAACCCUAUUCCGACACAUCACCACCAGCGACCUCACGCACUUUCGGGCAGCAUCCGAUACCCGUACAACGGCAUUAUUUACCGCUACGAAAUGCCGAAGCAUUCGCACACCUACAGCGGUAUCCCGGUCACGGCGUCUUCCUCCACGUCAUCUCCGGUCGCCAUUGUCUAUAGCGACGACAGCGGCGCCGUUUACCAAAGCGACGACAACGGUGGCCGUGAGUUGGAGUUUGGUGAGAGGAUGUGCUAA